AUGGACAUGCCUCACCAGUUGGAUGAUGGCAGUGAUGACUUUUUGGUAGAGAGAGCCAAUCGUUUAGAGCUGUCUGAGAAUCCUUUGUUCAAAGUCAAUCUCACGUUUCUACCAUACAAACGGCAGGGUUUGAAGGGUGCAGUCAAGAAAGAACAAUUUUCCGUCACGUUUGAUCAGUUACGUAAACCCACAGAAGAGGAAUCAUUGGGAGAGGGUUUGUCAGAGUCCCUGUUUGAAGCGGUAAGGGACACGAUCCUAAAAGAAAACCUGCAGGAUUCAACAAAAGUUCAUCUGACUUUAACCUCAAAGGAACAUUCCAACGGCACUGUAAAUUCGGGAUAUUUAUCCCACGUAAAAUAUGGCAUCCCAGUCCAAGAGUUUGUGAAACGUGGUGAUUAUGUACAUGCUAUGUUCGAGUCACUGGCAAGAGAAAUGAAUAGUGCUCAAAAUAUGAAUCCAGCCAUUGGGUUCAAUGCCACUCUCACAUUUAUCACCUACCCUGACAAAGGUGGCAAAGGUAGAGCUUCUAAAAAUCCAAACAGAUUACCCUUUGAUUUGAUGCACAAAAAGAAAGACUGUAUGAUCAAGAUAAAAAACACAGAUGACUUAUGUUGUGCCCGUGCAAUCGUAACGAUGAAAGAGUACGUGGAUGGCGAUCCUGACAAGCAAUAUGAUAAUCUACGAAGAGGUAGACCUAUUCAGGAACGCCUAGCCAAGCAGCUUCACCAAGACGCGGGUGUACCAGAAGGUCCCUGUGGUUAUGAGGAACUAGAAAAAUUUCAAGCGUUUCUAGGACCCCAAGGCUACAAAAUCAUCGCGGUAGAUUACGUCUCUUGUGCCUGUAUUUUUCAAGGCAAAGUGGAUCAGUACAGCAAAGUCAUCUAUUUGCUUAAACACAAGAAUCACUACAAUGGUUUAAGAAGCCUUAUUGCCUUUUUGAAUCGGUCGUACUUUUGUCCUGAUUGCUGUAAAGAGUUCGAUGUUGACGACGCAGCCCACCAUUCUUGUAUGGGCCGUAACUGCGCAAGUUGUCAACGAACACGUUCUCAGAAAAAUAAACGGGGCUGCCUAGAUUUUUCCCCAGGCAAGAAACGUACCAUUCACUGCUGCGACUGCCAGCGUGAUUGCUAUGGUCCAGACUGUUUCAAAGCCCAUAAAGAACCAAAAGGCAAGAAAAAAGUUAGUCUUUGUCAGAAACUAAAGAAGUGUCUAAAACGCUGUAAACUUUAUAAAGUGAAUCCAAAGCAGCAACACAAAUGCUACCACGACACUUGCUGUCACUGCCAUGAAUUUGUUGAAAUAUACAAUCACAAAUGUUAA